AUGGGCCUGGUGACUAUUGUUUCGUCGAUGGCUCAAUCUGAAGUAAUUACAGAGCAGUUGGAAUCAAACAUUCAAAGCCGCCUGGAAGACAAUGCUAUCCAGGGCAUCGUUAUUGGGCUGAUGCUAGACGGCCAGGCAGCAUACACCGCCAAAGGAGUGCGAUCUCUCGUGGAAAAAGAAGCAGUGGAUGAAAACACCGUAUUUGAGAUCGGCUCGAUUUCGAAAACAUUUACUGGGCUUAUGCUGGCCGAUCUGGUAGUGCGGGGAAAGGUAAACCUAGUUGGCAGUAUCCAGCAAUACUUGCCUGAAGGAAUUAAGGCCCCGACGCGGAAUGGUGAGGCCAUCAAGCUCUUUCAUCUAGCCAACCAUACAUCUGGUUUACCUAGGAUGCCUUCAAACUUUAAUCCUGCGGACAACCUUAAUCCUUUUGCAGAUUACUCGCAAGAAAACAUGUAUGAGUUUCUGGAUGGUUAUGAAUUACCCCGCGACGUAGGCAGCUUCUACGAAUAUUCCAAUCUCGCAACUGGCUUACUUGGAUCGAUUGUUUCCUCUGUAAAUGAAAUGACCUACGAAGAGCUAUUGAUAGCGGAAAUAGCUGAGCCAUUAGGCAUGGAGCAUACUGGUAUCACUCAAGUUAAUGGGCCACUUGCCAAGGGGCAUGCGGGCGGCAACGAGAUGCCCAACUGGGAUUUUGGCUCGCUCCAGGGAGCAGGAGCGAUACGAUCUACUGCAGCAGAUAUGAUGCGCUAUCUCAAAGCCAAUAUGGGCCUCACCGAAAGUGAGCUCUACCCUGCAAUGCAACUGGCGCAUACAAAUUCAGGUGAUGAAGACAGCAAUCCGAUUGUCGGCUUAGGGUGGCACACGAUGAUUCUUGAUGAUCAGGAGAUAGUCUGGCACAACGGUGCUACUGGUGGGUAUACAUCCUUCAUCGGUUGGAUCAAGGAAACUAAGAAAGGAGUGGUGGUCUUGAACAACUCAACCGAAAAG